ACAGCUGAUCUGUUUAGAACCACCUUUAUCACUUUAUUACUGGUGUUGGAAGAAGUGUGACUUUUGUAAUUAAUUCGGAAGAUUUUUUUUAACCAUGAAUACCAUAGGAGUUUAUGAUGGAUACAAAUCUCCAUUAAGUACGCGAUAUGCCAGUAAAGAAAUGCAGUUUUUAUUUAGUGACCAGCACAAAUUUGCAACUUGGAGACAAUUAUGGGUUUGGUUAGCAAAGGCAGAACAGUCGCUAGGUCUGGAUAUAAAUGAUGAACAAAUAGCAGAAAUGCAAGCACAGGUGAAUGAUAUAGAUUUUGAAGCAGCAGCGGCUGAAGAACGGCUAACAAGACACGAUGUCAUGGCACAUGUACAUGUUUUCGCAAAGCAAUGCCCUAGAGCGGCACCUAUAAUUCAUUUAGGAGCUACAUCCUGUUAUGUAGGAGAUAAUACGGAUCUUUUAAUUAUACGUGAUGCAAUCGACAUUCUUCUGCCACGUAUUGCGUCUAUUAUAUACUCUUUAAAACAAUUUGCCUUAAAAUACAAGUCUCAACCGACAUUAGGGUUCACACAUUUGCAACCGGCUCAACUCACCACAGUUGGUAAGCGAGCUUGUCUUUGGAUUCAAGAUUUACUUAUGGAUGAUCGAGCAUUACGUCGCUGUAGAGAAGAUUUGUGUUGCCGUGGUGUUAAAGGUACAACGGGAACCCAAGCAUCUUUUUUACAACUGUUUAAUGGUGAUGGUGAAAAGGUUAAACAAUUGGACUUGCUGGUAACCAAAUUAUCUGGAUUCGAUAAAUCCUAUUCAGUUACUGGCCAGACUUAUUCACGAAAAGUUGAUGUUGAAGUGAUUGCUGCUAUAUCCAGUUUAGGUACAAGCAUUCACAAAAUGUGUUCCGAUUUACGUUUGUUAGCUUCGCGCAAAGAAGUAGAGGAACCAUUCGAAAGUACGCAGAUUGGCUCAUCAGCAAUGCCUUACAAAAGAAAUCCAAUGCGAUCAGAACGCUGUUGCGCAUUAGCUAGGCAUUUAAUUACAUUAUUUUCAAAUGCUGCCAACACACACGCUACACAGUGGUUAGAACGAACGCUUGAUGAUUCCGCUAAUCGGCGCUUGACACUAUCCGAAGCAUUUUUAGCAGCAGAUGCAGCGUUACUAACUUUAUUGAAUAUCUCCCAAGGACUAGUGGUUUAUCCGAAAGUUAUCGAGCGACAUAUUGCACAAGAAUUACCCUUUAUGUCCGCAGAGAACGUUAUUAUGGCCAUGGUUAAAGUUGGUGGGGAUCGACAAAUAUGUCAUGAAAAGAUACGUGUUCUAUCGCAAGAAGCUGGUGCUCAAGUGAAGCAACAUGGAAAGGACAAUGAUUUAGUUGAUCGUAUUCGUAAGGACCCUUAUUUUCAGCCGAUCCUUCAACAACUUGAUGAAAUACUUGAUGCUCAAACAUUUACCGGACGUGCAAGUGCACAAGUCGACGAUUUUGUAAAUGAGGAAAUAGAUCCUAUUUUGGAAAUUUAUAAAGAAUCAUUGAAAACGGUGCAAAAUGUUCAAUUAAACAUUUAAAUAUUUAUUUGAACUGUAAUCUGUCUUUUUAUAAGAUAUAUAUGCACUUAAUAAAAAAAUAAAAAAAAUUA